GUCUUCUUCACCCUCCAACUCUCUAUCAAUCUUGAUUUCAGAAAUAAUUUUUUCUACCGUUUUCACAAACCAGAUUCUAUUAGGAAGAAGGCUUCACCUUUACAGUCUUUACAACAGCAAUGGCUUCCUCUGUUCAUAUUCUAAACCAAGACCGUGCCAUCAUCAUCAAACUUCUGUCUGCUCUGAAAACUAUUCUUGUUCCAGUAACAGGGCCUCCCUCUACUGACCGCUUCACAUUGAAAGCUAUGGCUGCCCAGAGUUUCUCCAGGGUUGAUUUCUUGGAGUUUCAGGAUCGCAUCCUCUCCUUGGUGUUUUCAUCUCCCAACAUUCCAAUAGCUAUCAACCUCCACGGUAACAGAACUCUUGAGUCUAAGGAAAUUCCUCUCCAAAACGGAGAGGACAUUAUAGAGAGAUUACUUCUGCUGCUGGAGGGUGAGAAUCACAUUUGUCCACUGUCUUUCCUCUUUGAAAAGGAUGAAAAGAAAGAUGAUGGUGGAACUUUAAGGAUUAGCACAAAAUGGUCAUUCAUCACCAGAGCAACCGAUACAAUCAUGAUAUGCUGGGUUUGUCAAUUUGUUGCUAAUGCUGUUCAAGGAGGUGUUAGAUUUGGCUUUGAUAAUAGGGUGAACUUCCAGUGGCGUUCUAAAGAAGAGUUCAAGUGUACUUUCUCUGUUGCUUCAGCUGUUGAUCAUAGCCAUAGGAGUGUGGCUGAAGUCCUACUGUACCAAUGAAUGGGAAUGUUUUUUGGUAGGUUGUUUUGUUUCAAUUAUUUUCAAAUUCAAGUUUUUAGGUUACCAAUCAUUUGUUAAUUCUGUUUUUAAUGGUGUCAAGCUCCUGAUACAUGCUGAUGGUGCAGUAGGGGAUGUAAAGCAACUUUUCUUCCUGUUCGACUCUUAAGAAUGCACAUCAUUGAAACCAUGUGACUAUUGCACAUCAUUUUUUCUAACUUUUGCUCCAUUUACUUCUCAAAUGAGACUUUUGUUCUACUAUACGCUUUUUGGUCGUAUAACUAGUGCAAUGUUUUAGAUUCAUGAGAUAAUUUUACUGUCCAGCAUUGAGUUCAUUGUUUAUUCUUGUUACAUGGCACCAAUAGCUUUCGUCCUUGCGUAGCACCAAUGUUCAGC